AUGGCAUCGGCCUUCGAACCCUCGCUGUCCUCGAGUAUGAGCGGCCGCCAGACAAUGUCGGCAAUGGCGCCCUCGAUGGCCGAUACCCUACCCAGCAUCAACUUCGGCUUCGACGAGCUACGCGAUCGCAUGACCAAGUUUAGCGCGAGGUUCGACGCGUUCAUCGAACAAGGGCGCAAGCGCGUGCUGGAGGAGCGCAACCAAUUUCGCAUGAGCGUUGCUGAACUACAAGAGGACCAACGCAUGAAGAAGAAGGACAUGGAGAUCGUGCAGCACAAGAUCAACACACACCAGCAGACGCGGUCGAAAGAGGACGCCGAGAAACGGGAGAUGGAAGCCGCAAUCGCGGCCCUCAGCGCGCAGCGCGCCAAGAACACGACAGCACGGGACACGCUGAAACAACAAAUCGCCGAAACACAAACGCAGAUCGAGGCGCGGCUGGCGGCGCAGCGGGCGCACGCGGCGCGCGUGGACGCGCAGAGCCGGUUCAACGUGCCGGAGCUCGACUUCUGGAUGUCGAACCUGUGCCUCAAGAUCGAGGGCGCGGGCCAGUCGGACCGGCUCAAGUUCGUGUACUCGCACCUCGACGAGCGCGACUGGGAGCGCGAGGCCUGGUUCGAGCUCGAUAUCACCUCGCGCGACUACAGCGUGCGCCACUGCCGGCCCAAGCUCGAGCGCGAGAAGGUGGACCGCGUGCUAGAGCGCGUCAACGAGUCGAGGGAGCUGCCGGCGCUGCUGAAGGGGAUGAGGGAGCUGUUUGUUGAGGCUAUGAAGUCGUGA